GAGCGGUUUGCGAAGAAAAGAAGAAAAACGCUCCACACAUACAGAAAAACGAGGUUCCCAACCAGAAAAAUCGGCAUCGGAAGCUGGAAUUAAUCGGCGAUCGAGGAGCUUAGGAUUCGAAGUGGUCGUCGAUAGCUUCGAGGACCGACAAUGGCAGUUGAGGACGUUCAGUUGCUGCGAAUAUCACCGUCGGACUCUAAUGGAAGCUCUAUUCCAACACCCACGCCGAGAAAGGAGCAGCAAGCCGCCGGCGUCAGGAUUCUUCUGCAGAUCAUGAUGCUUGUCCUCUCCUUCAUCCUCAGCCACGUUCUCCGCCGUCACAAAUUCUAUUAUCUUCCAGAGGCCAUUGCUUCCCUUUUGAUAGGUUUAAUUGUUGGUGGACUUGCUAACAUCUCAAAUACUGCAAAUAGAAUCAGAUCAUGGUUCAAUUUUCACGAGGAGUUUUUCUUCCUAUUUCUCUUACCUCCAAUCAUAUUAUAUCUAAUCCAAACCAUUCGAUUUUUUUUCUUUUGUUUAAAAUUUCUCCUCUUACUCAGUCAGGAUUCAUUUGAUGACGAUGACAUUGAUGGUAAUGUUCUUAAAGGGCCAGUUGUAACAGGAAGUAGU